UAAUGUUUUAUUUAUUUAUUUAUUUUUUGACACAGUCUCUCGCUCGCGAUCUGUUUGUUUCAGCUGCACUAAGGAAGACCGGCGGCGAUGCAAUUCUUGCGGUGUGUCUCUCAGAUUUCGAGAAACGGCGGUCGUUUGUUUCUCUCUCGUCAAUUAGACUCGUUUCUUAUCGCAAAUAGUUCCCACCUUCUUGGAGACUCUACUCAUAAGGUCUUCAAUCGCAGAGAAACUUAUUCUUGGAGUUUUUCUGCCCUGCAUGGCUUCAAACAGCAAAUUCAUCACCAGAGCAGUUCCUUGAUUGAGGAGCCACUUGAUCCGUUCUCACUCGUUGCUGAUGAACUAUCACUCCUUGCUAAUAGGUUACGGGCUAUGGUAGUUGCUGAGGUUCCUAAGCUUGCCUCAGCUGCUGAAUACUUCUUCAAAAUGGGAGUAGAAGGAAAGAGGUUUCGUCCCACGGUAUUGUUGCUGAUGGCUACAGCUUUAAAUGUGCACAUACAUGAACCUAUGCCAAAUGGUGUUGGAGACACUUUGGGUGCGGAACUGCGUACGAGACAGCAAUGCAUAGCUGAAAUUACAGAAAUGAUCCAUGUGGCAAGUCUCCUCCAUGAUGAUGUUCUGGAUGAUGCAGACACUAGACGUGGUAUUGGUUCUUUAAAUUUUGUCAUGGGCAAUAAGGUAGCAGUAUUAGCAGGGGAUUUUCUGCUUUCACGAGCUUGUGUAGCCCUUGCUUCUUUGAAAAACACCGAGGUUGUUUCACUUUUAGCGACAGUUGUAGAGCAUCUUGUGACAGGUGAAACCAUGCAGAUGACUAGUACAUCAGAGCAACGUUGUAGCAUGGAUCACUAUAUGCAAAAGACAUACUACAAGACUGCAUCUUUGAUUUCAAACAGCUGCAAAGCCAUUGCCCUUCUUGCUGGGCAAACAACAGAAGUUGCAAUGUUGGCUUUUGAGUAUGGCAAAAAUCUGGGAUUGGCAUUUCAGUUGAUAGAUGACGUCCUUGAUUUCACAGGCACAUCUGCUUCACUUGGAAAGGGUUCAUUAUCCGACAUUCGACAUGGAAUUGUGACAGCUCCUAUAUUGUUUGCUAUAGAGGAGUUCCCUCAAUUGCUUGCAGUUGUUCAACAGGGCUUUGACAAACCUGAAAAUGUUGAUAUUGCACUGGAGUACCUUGGAAAGAGCCGGGGAAUACAGAGGACACGGGAGCUAGCUGCAAAGCACGCUAGCCUUGCUGCAGCAGCUAUUGAUUCACUGCCAGAAACUGACGAUGAAGAAGUAAGAAGGUCGAGGCGUGCACUAGUAGAUCUCACCCAGAGAGUAAUCACAAGAAAUAAGUGACAGGACAUUUUUAAUUCUCAACAUCCUUAAAGAUUUUUGCAUUUAUUAUUAUUAUUAUUAUAGCAUGAGGGUCAAUGUCCUCUCUUGUUUUUCAUCUUUAUUUAUUCAAUUACUUAAGUCGUUUCAUGAUAA